CUUUAUUUGAUACCAAUUUAGAUCUCUCCUUUUCCCUUUUUCUUCUUCUGUUAGUGUUUAUAAAAACAUGAACAUUCCCAAUAGUGUUGAAAGAGGAGAAAUGCAAACCAUUCCCAACCUUCAUCCUUCUCAACGGUCACCUAGUCGUGCCACUGAUACCACCACUAUUGCUGCAAAUGGUCUAUAUUAUGAUAAUGCAACUUCUCCUACGGAUACUCCCUUGUCUGAAUCGUUCUCUGAUCGUCUUGGUUCUUUUGUGGGUUCUUUCUCUCGUACUUCCUUAAUGUAUAUGGCUGAAAAUGUCACUGUUUCUAACCCUUCUGAUUCUUUGAUGGAUACAAACGAUGAUCAAGUGUCUAUUAUAUCAAGUUAUAAUCCAAGAUCAAGGCGAAACUCCCUGGGAACUUUACAUGAUGAACGGACUUCCUUACUUGGUUACCAACCUAUCGAUAAAGUUUAUACUGGUCAAAGUCAUAUAUCUACUAUAGCUGAUACUUAUCAAGAUGAUACUUCAACACAUAAUAUUCAUCAUAAAAAAUCAAACUUUUUACAAUCUGUUUUCAAUUCUAUCAAUAUUUUGGCUGGUGUGGGUAUUUUGGCUUUACCUCUUGGAUUCAAGUAUGCUGGUUGGAUACUAGGAUUCGUUCUCUUUUUCUUCUGCUUGGGAUUGACCAAUUAUACUGCAAAACUAUUGGGAAGAUGUUUAUAUGCUUAUCCUGAAUCACAAACUUAUGGAGAUAUGGCAUACAAUGCAUUUGGUAAUCGAGGUCGUAUCCUGGUUUCCAUAUUAUUUUUGACUGAAUUAGUCACUUGUGCUGUUGCUCUUGUGGUCUUGUUAAGUGAUGGACUUGAUUCUUUAUUCUUUCCGGGUGAACAUCCUCUCUCAAUGCGUGUAGCCUCCUUUUUUAUUCUCACGCCUAUGUUAUUCUUUCCAGUCCGACAUUUAUCUUACACGAGUCUGAUUGGUAUCAUGAGUGCCUUAUCCAUUAUCAUCGUUCUGGUUGCUGAUGGAUUUACCAAAACGACUAGUCCAGGAUCCUUGAUAGAACCUGCUGAUACAACAUAUUGGCCUGAAGAUUGGAUGGCAUUACCAAGAAGUACUGGAAUUAUCAUGUCAGGGUGCGCUGGUCAUGCUUGUCUUGCUACUAUCUACCGGGAUAUGCAAAAACCGAAACAAUAUACAAGAAUGGUGGAUUGGACAUAUAUCAUCACAGCAUUGAUUUAUUUGACAGUAGCGGUAACUGGCUAUCGAAUGUUUGGAUCAAAAACGAUGCAAGAGAUUACCCAAAAUCUUGUCCUUAUUCCAGAAUAUAAUCAAAUGUUUAAUCGAAUGGCAGUAUGGUUAAUCGCAUUGAAUCCAAUUGCUAAAUAUGGGUUGACCUUGAAUCCUGUGAAUCUAAGUUGGGAAUUAGCGUUGGCAAGACAACCUUCUGUAUACAUCUGGUGUAACAAACAGCCGUGGCGCGGGAAAGUGAUUAGCUUAGUAGGAAAAGUGACAGUCAGUGCUCUGGUGGUCUUAUUAGCUUAUGCUAUUCCUGAAUUUGAUCGGAUCAUGUCUCUUUUGGGUGCAUGCUUUUCUUUUAUCGUUUCUGGUUUAUUCCCUAUUCUUUGUUAUCUCAAGCUCUUUGGUCAUACCUUGUCAUCAUGGGAAAAAUUGAUUUUAUAUAUCUUAUUCUUCCUUUGUUUUGUCUUGGCCUUGGUUGGUACGAUUUGGAGCUUUAUUUGAUUUUUUUUCCUUUAUAGAUAUUCCUUUCUAUAUAUUAUUUUUAUUAGUUAGAAUUUUUUUUAUCAUUCAAAUUCAAUAAACAUUUUGGUUUGUCUUAUAAAACAGAAUAA